AGAACAGAAAGCGGCCAGCCACCGUGGCAAGGAAAGCGCGCAGACCAGCCUCGGCAGCGGGGGAGAAGCGGCAGAAUGUGCAGGGUGCCCACACCCCGGAAAGGCUGCUCGCGCGACUGAGGAGGAGCGGGCGGCAGCGCGUGGUCCAUGCAAGCGGGAGCGGCAGAGCGCAGGAGGCGCCCGCUUGGCCGAGGCGGCCGGGGCGGCAACCUUUUCUCUUUCCGAGGACAGCAGCGGCAGCAGGAGAAGGAUUAUUCUGCAAUGACUACAGCCAGAUACAGACCCACUUGGGACUUGGUGCUUGAUCCUCUUGUGUUGUGUAAGCUCUGCCUUGGGGAGUAUCCUGUGGAGCAGAUGACAACAAUAGCACAAUGCCAAUGCAUCUUCUGUACGCUGUGCCUGAAACAGUAUGUGGAGCUUUUGAUCAAGGAAGGCCUUGAAACAGCAAUUAGCUGUCCUGAUGCUGCUUGCCCAAAGCGAGGUCAUUUACAAGAAAACGAAAUAGAGUGUAUGGUUGCAUCAGAAAUCAUGCAGAGAUACAAAAAACUACAAUUUGAAAGAGAAGUGCUUUUGGAUCCUUGUCGGACUUGGUGCCCAUCUUCUUCCUGCCAAGCAGUUUGCCAGCUUCAAGAAUCAGGACCUCAGAGCCCCCAGCUGGUGCAAUGCAAAGUCUGUGACAUAGAGUUUUGUUCAGCAUGCAAAUCUAACUGGCAUCCAGGACAAGGUUGUCAAGAGAAUAUGCCAGUCAGCUUCCUACCAGGGGAAACGAGCUCUGUUUAUAAAAUGGAAGAAGAUGAUGCUCCCAUCAAACGCUGUCCAAAAUGCAAAGUUUAUAUUGAAAGGGAUGAAGGCUGUGCCCAAAUGAUGUGUAAAAACUGUAAACAUGCCUUCUGCUGGUAUUGUCUGGAAUCACUUGAUGAUGACUUUCUCCUUAUACAUUAUGACAAAGGACCUUGCCGAAACAAGUUAGGUCAUUCCAGGGCAUCAGUUAUUUGGCACAGAACACAGGUCGUGGGGAUUUUUGCAGGGUUUGGCCUGCUGUUAUUAGUGGCAUCUCCCUUUCUUCUGCUCGCUACUCCAUUUGUCCUCUGCUGCAAAUGCAAGUGUAGUAAAGGAGAUGAUGACCCUCUGCCUACUUAGAGAGAAUGAAGAAGGGACUACUCAUCACUGCUGUCCAUUUCCUACCCCUCUUUUUUUGCACUUAAUCUUGUUAGAGCCUUGCCUUUUUCCACUUGGAGUGAGAAGUGAGGCACCCUGAUUCCAGGAACUACUGGUACCAGAGUUCCCUAUCUACCAGUUGGAUUAUGAGGAACAGUUUAAGGGCUGGCAGAAAACAAGCUGAACAUUGGAAUUGUGUGCAUCAAUGAUACGAGUCAUUCCUUAUUCUCUGGGAGACGACAUUAGCAGAUGCCGAACUGAGUGACACUACCCAGAUGAAAAUCUUCAUUCACGUUAAACUGAGAGAGAUUCUUACCUUUAAGCAUAGGUGGUUUUUACAAAUCCAUUACCAAUUUAAAUAUGUUCGUUUUAGAUGUGGCUUCCAAUAUCUGUUUAUUAAAAUCAAUUUCUUAAUAUUUGCAAUUGGAAAACAUCUAAGCAUCCUUGUCUCCCUUCCACUGCCCAUCUUUCUCAGUCGCGCAGAGUAAUGGCAUCCAGAUAGAUGCCCUAGGCCUUUGACUUUCAAAGCUAAGAGGAGUCAUUUCUGCCUACUGAUAUUUGAAAAUCUAUGUGAGCUAAAUAUGUGGAUAUGUCUGUAUUUUUUUUUAAUUUGUUUAAGGGUUGGGAGGGAGGAUUGCAAAGUUUUAUGGUUGAGAUAUAUGGCCCAGAACUGUUACAUAAUCCAGAGUCUUUUAAAAAUUGAGAUUACACUAAACCUUUGAUUUAACAGAUCUCAGUUUAGUGGACUUCAAACUUAGCUAACAAAAUCUGUUAGAACAGGAAUAUGUCAUGCUGGGACAUUUGUGGCAGUUGAACAGCAGGGAAGGGGAGGAAAGGAAGGUGCUGGGAAGAUGGUGGGCAGGCUGGCCAAUAGGAUAUGCCACUUUGGAAGGCACCGACUAGAGGAAGGUGGAGACAUGCACCGUGCCCUGUUUGCUAGCCUCGUCCAACUGUGCCUUUUGUUCCUAUCUAGAUUUGUUUCUACCUGUUGUUUGUUACCUAUUUGCUACAUGUAAAUAGAGCUCCCUCUAAUCUGGUAUCCUUUUAUGUACCUAGAAAAAUAAUUUUGUAGAAGCCAAGCAUGCAGACAAAUGUUCUAAAUUUGGGGAAGGCCUGAGCUCAUGAUUUCUCUUUUGGUGGUAGGUGCUAAUCUGAAGAUAGAACAGUCAUCAUCAUUUCCCACGUGGACAGCACUCUGCGAACCAGGAAAGAAUAAACACAGUUCUCAGCAGAACGGGUUUUCCUCUAUCACUGUAUGAUCUGCCCCUGGCUGAGACAAGCUAUUCCAUGAAAGGAGAUACCGCCUGUAUAUUUACCUCCUCCUUUGGUUCAUCUGAAGGUUCAAGGCAUGAGUUGGAGGGGUAUAUGGAAA